AUGGAAUUGAAAAGUACAAGUUCAUGUCAAACACCACUUAUGAUGAAUUCAAAAAUUCUAACUAGUAGUCAUAUUGAACAAUUAGAUACAUGGUGGUGUCCAUCAAUAACUGAUAUUGAACCUUAUGUACAUGUUAUUUUAUCAAAUUUAACUUAUAUAACAUCAAUAGAAUUAAAAUCAAAAAUUUUUUCAAAUAUUGAUUAUCGUCUUGAAUAUACACGUGAAAAUCUUAUUGAUCAAUAUACAACAUGGCGUUCAUAUCGUUUAUUAAAUAAUAAACAAGAAAAAAUUUUAUUUGAUCCACCAAUCAUAGCUAAACAUGUUCGAUUAAAUAUGAAACAAAUUAAAAAAAAUUUAUGUAUUCAUUUUGAAUUAUUUGGAUGUAUAUUUACAGAUGGUGUUGUAUCAUAUAGUAUGUUACAAGGUUCAAAUAAACUUGAAGAUGAUACAUAUGAUGGACAAUAUGAUGAAAAACAACGUUAUUUAUAUGAUGGUCUUGGUCAAUUAUCUGAUGGACAAACAGGACCUGAUAAUCAUGAAGAUGCACGAGGACUUCAAUGGGUUGGUUGGCGAAAACCACGUUCAAUAAAAACUAAUCAUUCUAUAACAAUUUUAUUUAAUUUUGAUACAUUAAGAAAUUUUUCUCGUAUGACAAUACAUGCAAAUAAUUAUUAUCCAAAAAAUAUAUAUAUAUUUCGUUCAGUAACAAUUGAAUUUUUAAAUAAUAAUAAUGAAUUAAUAAAUAAUUCAUCAUUAAUAAUAUAUCAUAAUCAACAUGAUGAUCAAUUUGAAAUGGCACGAGCUAUAAUGAUUGAUUUAAAAAAUUAUAUUGCAUCAAAAUUAAAAAUUCGUUUAUAUUUUGAUGGUAAUACAAUAUUAAUUAGUGAAAUAACAUUUGAUUCAUUUAUUGUACCAAUAUUAACAUUAACAAAAACAAAAACAACAAAAACAACAACAAUUAAAACAAUUCAACAACAAUCAUUACAAAAAGAAACAUAUAAUUUUACAAUUUAUAUUAUUGUAUGUUUAUCAACAAUGGCAAUUAUAUUAAUAUUAGCAGCUAUUAUUAUACUUAUACGACGAACAUUAAAUAAUCAUAAAAAAAUUAAAAAACAUUAUUUUACACCAAUACAUAAUCAUACCAAUUCAUCGACAUCAACAACAUCAAGUGAUAUUGAUUUUCAUUCAAAUCAACAUCGUUAUGCCACAAUUAGUUCAACUCAUCCAUAUCUUCUUUGUACAAAUGGUAGUAUAAAUUCAAAUACAUCACCACAUUAUGCGAAAUUAAUACCAACAACAACAUUAUUACGAACACCAUCAUUAAUUCAACAAAAUCAUAUUGAAAGUAUUUGUGGUAAUAGUGCAUUUAGUACACAAAGAUUAUUUACAUUUGAUAUGAAUCAAAAUCAAUUUAUACCAAUGCAUCAAAUAAAUAUUAAAAGAAAAUUAGAACCUAGAAAACAAAUUGUUGGAGGUGGAGAGAUUUGUCAAGGUGAAUUACAAAUAAAUCAAUCAAUUGUACCAAUAACAAUUCGACGUCUUCUACCAAAUGCAUCUGUACAAUCAAAAAUAUCAUUUUUUAAUGAAAUUAGUCUAUUAACUUCACUUUGUCAUCCAAAUAUAAUUCAUGCAUAUGGUUUUUGUUCUGAACCAACAGUGUCAUUAUUAACUGAAUCAUUAGAUUUAACAAGUAUUGAUCUUUAUCAAUAUCUUCAACAUUAUAAACAAGAACAACAAAUGAAUGAUAGUCUUUAUGCAACAACUAUUUUUUUUGGUUCUCAAAUAGCAUCAGCAUUAACAUAUUUAGAAUCAUUACAUAUUUAUCAUCGUGAUAUAGCUGCAAGAAAUUGUUUAGUUACACUUGAUUUAACAUUAAAAUUAUAUGAUUUAGCUAUGUCUAAUGAAAUAUAUACAGAUGAUUAUGUUUUAGUAACUGUUGGUAAUGAUAUUGAAACACGUCGACCUAUUCGAUGGUGUGCAUGGGAAACAAUUUGUUUAAAUCGUUUUACAUCGAAAUCUGAUGUUUUUUCAUUUGGUAUACUUCUUUGGGAAAUAUUAACUAUGGCUGAACGACCACAUAGUUUAUUAGAUGAUAAUCAAGUUCUAUGUAAUUUACGUAAUUCAAAUCAUUAUUUACUUAUACCAUCAUGUGGAUUAGAUUUAAUUGAUUUAAUAUCAUCAUGUUGGCAUAAAUGUGAUUAUGAUCGACCAUCAUUUUGUCAAAUAAAUCAUAUAUUAUGUCAAAAACAACAACAAUUAAUGACAAAAAAUAUAGACAAUUAUCAACAAACGAAUUAA